UAGGCCGACGGAUAUGAGGCCCUGAGCUCUCUUUUUAUCCGCCUUUUAUCUUCUCUCUUUCCCUCAUCUCUCUCUCUCUCUCUGAAUCAGAAGUAGAGAAGAGCGGAAGAAAAACUUGCAUCCAUGGCAAUUACGGCCACAGCCACCGCAACGGCCACUGCAGCAACUUCAACAAAGCUCCCCUUGACAUCCUCUUCCUCCUCGAUCUCUUCUCCUUCUGCUACUUCCAGUCUCUCAGUCUCCAAUGGCGCUUCCCGUACCAAGCGAGCCCUCGCCUCUAAAGCAGCUCCUCUCCUCUCCUCCUCCUUCACUAACCCCUCCAGCAUCUUCUGGUGGUCCGCUACCGCCACCACCACCACAUCAGCUGAGACUACGCGGCGGAGUCACCGCUCCCUGACGGUCAGAGCUGCUAGAGGGAAGUUCGAACGGAAGAAGCCUCACGUUAAUAUCGGUACAAUCGGCCAUGUCGACCACGGCAAGACCACUCUCACUGCUGCCCUAACGAUGGCCUUGGCCGCCGUUGGCAACAGUGCUCCCAAGAAAUACGAUGAAAUUGACGCUGCUCCGGAAGAGAGAGCCAGAGGUAUCACCAUUAACACUGCUCACGUCGAGUACGAGACUGAGAAGCGCCACUACGCCCACGUCGACUGCCCUGGUCACGCCGAUUAUGUCAAGAACAUGAUUACUGGUGCUGCUCAGAUGGAUGGCGCCAUCCUUGUUGUCUCCGGUGCCGAUGGUCCGAUGCCUCAGACCAAGGAGCACAUCUUGCUCGCUAAGCAAGUCGGUGUCCCCAACAUGGUUGUGUUUCUUAACAAGCAGGACCAGGUCGACGACGAGGAGCUUCUGCAGCUCGUUGAAUUGGAAGUACGUGAGCUCUUAUCAUCUUACGAAUUCCCCGGGGACGACAUUCCGAUUAUCUCCGGCUCGGCGCUACUAGCCCUGGAAGCCCUAAUGGCGAACCCCAGCAUCAAGAGAGGGGAGAAUCAGUGGGUUGAUAAAAUCUAUGAACUCAUGGAUUCUGUCGACAACUACAUUCCUAUCCCGCAACGGCAGACCGAUCUUCCAUUCCUCCUUGCUGUUGAAGAUGUCUUCUCUAUCACCGGCCGUGGAACUGUCGCUACUGGGCGUAUUGAGAGAGGAUCGAUUAAGAUUGGUGACACUGUCGACCUUGUUGGCCUCAAGGAGACGAGAAACACGACUGUUACCAGUGUAGAAAUGUUCCAGAAGAUCCUUGACGAAGCCUAUGCUGGGGAGAAUGUCGGUCUUCUUCUUCGAGGUAUUCAGAAGACUGAUAUCCAGAGAGGAAUGGUCCUUGCCAAGCCUGGCACCAUUACUCCACACACCAAGUUUGUUGCCAUUGUUUAUGUACUCAAGAAGGAUGAAGGUGGCAGACACUCUCCCUUCUUUGCUGGUUACAAACCUCAGUUCUACAUGAGGACUACCGAUGUUACUGGGAAGGUCGCACAGAUCAUGAAUGAUAAGGAUGAGGAAUCCAAAAUGGUUAUGCCGGGGGACCGUGUUAAGAUGGUUGUGGAGCUUAUUAUGCCGGUGGCUUGCGAGCAAGGUAUGCGGUUUGCCAUCAGAGAAGGAGGGAAAACUGUUGGUGCGGGUGUCAUCCAGUCUAUCAUUGAAUGAGAAUGUUUGCUUCUUUCCCGGCCAAUAAUAAACCUUGGCAUGGAGGCAAAUGAUUCCUUCACUUGUAGAAUAUUUUGGGACUUGAGCAAUCAAUAAUUACUUGCAGUUAAUGCAACUGGAUUUGCAUCGAGUCCUGAUUUUAGUGUCAUAUAGUUCAGCAGUUUUGCUCUUCUUCAACUUUAUAGUUUAGGUCAAUGAACUUGUUAUUUGAUUCUGUGUAUUUCCAAUUCUCUAUUUCCAAUUCUCUAUUUCUUGAUCUACUUUUUCAAA